ACAAUCAUUAUCAUUUCUUUGUUUUAAGAGUGAAUAUAUAUAUAUAUAAUUUCCAUCAACUCCGCGAAAAGAUGAGUUCCAGCCAUUCAGCAACUUCCACCACUAGAAGGCUAGAAGGCAAGGUAGCAUUGAUAACCGGUGGCGCAAGUGGAAUUGGGGAGAGCACCGCCAGGCUAUUUGUCCAACAUGGAGCCAAGGUACUGAUUGCAGAUGUCCAAGAUGAGCUUGGACAUGCCCUCUGCCAAGAAUUUAGCUCCCAAGAAACUUUCUCUUAUGUCCAUUGCGAUGUAACUAAUGAAUCAGAUGUCAAAAACGCUGUGGAUACAGCUGUCUCCAAGUAUGGAAAGCUCGAUAUCAUGUUCAACAAUGCUGGAAUUGGAGGCAAAGCAGAAUCGGGAAUAUUGACUUCCACUAAUGAAAAUUUUAAGAGGGUAUUUGAUGUGAAUGUGUUCGGUUACUUCUUGGGUGCCAAGCAUGCUGCCAGAGUGAUGAUCCCAGCCAAGAAAGGGUGCAUACUCUUCACAUCUAGUGGGGCUUCAGUUUGUUAUAUGGAUACUGCAUCCAAUGCAUAUACAGCAUCAAAAAAUGCAGUAGUGGGGCUUGCCAAGAACUUAUGCGUGGAGUUGGGGCAAUAUGGGAUAAGGGUCAACAGUAUUUCACCAUUUGGUGUUGCAACCCCAUUGUUUACAAAAAGUCUGAAGUUGGGGAAGAAGGAGGCUGAAGAGUUAAUUUCGUCCACUGGGAAUUUGAAAGGGGUGGUUUUAGAACCAGAAGAUAUAGCAGAGGCAGCCUUGUAUCUAGCAAGUGACGAGUCCAAGUAUGUGAGUGGGAUCAACUUGGUGGUUGAUGGUGGCUACAGUCUUACCAAUCCCACCCUUCCGAAUGCACUCAAAAGUCUAUUUUCUUAAGAUGGCGUCUUAACCACGCAAUUUCGAUAAAGGGAUUUUUUUUUU